AGAGAAUUUUAAGAUGCUUACUUUCAAUACCUUGUAUACACAUAAUAAUAAGAAGAAGAUAGUUGUAACUUUAAUUACAAUAGCAUGUGCUUUAGCCAUAACUCGCCACUAUGUUCCUUGCGUGGUAAAUUACAUUGAUACUCGACCGAUAAUAACUGCAAUAGCCAUUUUACUAAUAGGUGUUUUAUGCUUAGCUAUUGCUAGCAAUAAUGUUGUUAACAUGAGUGACAACGUACGUCCGCACAUAAAAGAAAGAUUUUGUGGUAAUUUUUCUAAAAUUGCUAUUGGACAUUUCAAGGACGCUUUCUCAUAUGCUAAGUUUAUAGAGGAGAUUGAUGGAAUUAUUUCCCAAGUAGAAGAUAUUGAACUUCAGGAAUGCUUUGAUGAAUUUUUUACUUACACUGAAGUUACUUCUGCAACAUUUAACACUCAUAAAUUAUUAGAGCUUGCAAGGCUAUUCAGAUCUGUGUAUGAAAAUGAAAAAGUUGGAGGAAAAAAAGCAGAUAGGAAAUAUAUUAUGAAGUUUGUUUGCACUCCGGAUGACUGUGCAAAAUACUUAAGAUCAUUAUUACCAGAUAUGUCUAAAGAAACUAGUAGUGCUCCAAAUAUGAACAAUUCUAAUCCAGAUGUGAUUCCUAAUAUAGAUCCGGUAACGUACUAUAUCGUUCCCCGUGAUUGCAUCGGCGGUUUACCAAAAGUUGCAUCAAUGAACUGACCUUAGAUGUACAGUCCCACUAUAUAAUGGUCUUUAGGUUCAAACUAUAGUGUUCAGCCAGCUUUGCUAUGCUUUCUUUACUAUUUUAUAUUGUUCUAUGCACCGCCUCUGUUGUUUUGGCGUACCCAUGUAAUAUUUGUCCCAUAAUGACUCCUU